AUGAGAGCACGGGAAGCAUCAACAUACAGCUUCAGCUAACGUUAGAAUUGUGUUGAUUUUUGUACAUGUAGUAGUAUCGUUUAUAUUAUUUUUGAAGUCAGUUGUUUUCCACGAAAUAUUUUAUUUAAAAAGUGUCUUUUGUUUUAAGUUUUAAGUGUUUGUUUUAAAUAUUGCUUAUAUACACGUUAUACGAGCCACUUAGCAUUGAACGCGAUGGGGGAGGUUGAACUGUCCUGCCUGGCAUACGUGAAGAUGUACCUCCACGCCUGUCUGUUUCCGCGCUGCAGCGUGAACGGCGUGCUUCUGUCCUCCACCCCAGCAGGGGGGGCUGUAUGUGUGACGGACUGCGUGCCUCUGCUCCACUCACACUUGUCCCUGGCUCCCAUCACACAGCUGGCGCUCACACAGGUAGAUGUGUGGUGUGCGCAGACACAGCAGAGGAUCGUGGGAUACUACCAAGCCAAUGCCAGUGUGUCAGACAGCAGCCCCACUCCCUGCGCCUUGAAGAUUGCAGACAAAAUCGCGGAGCAGUGCAGCAAUGCUGUGAUGCUUAUGAUCGACGGCUCAAAGAUGUCAGCGGGGUACAGGGUUCCCCCCAUAGUAAUGUAUGAGCGCAAGGAUUCGAGGUGGACCCUCAAAGACAAGCACACGAUAAUGUUGCAUCAGUGGGAGGAGACUCGAGCAAUAGCCAAUCAACUGCUGGACUCCGGAGAUCACACCUUACUAGUGGAUUUUGACAGCCAUCUGGAUGACAUCACAAGGGACUGGACCAAUCAGAAACUCAACGCCAAGAUUGCAGAGCUUGCCUCACCAGUCAAUGGCAAUGUUUAAAUAAA